CCGCGGGUUCCCUCCAGUGCAGACGUCCCUCCCUUACCUCCCCAAAAAAAAAAAAAGAAAAAGUGACUCAUUAAGGAAAACGGGUUCUGGUGAGCCUUUAAGUUAUCGCCACCACCACCACCACCUCCACCACCACCACCACCACCUUCAUCACCAUCAGCACCACCACCACCACCACUGCAAUAACCAGCAUCGUCGCACUGGAAGCUGCCAUACAACGUCAAACUCCUUCAUGAGUUGACGAUGUUGGCAAUACUGACAAGCCUAUUUCCCCUCCUCGCCAUAGCCAGUGGGUGUGGCGAGGUGGGUCCCCGGGCAGAGGUGGUGUGCUACUCGGCCGCCCCCGCCCCCCCGCCCUCCCUGGACCCCUGCCAGUGCACCGUGGUCGUGGUGGAGGGAGCCGGCCUCGCCCACGACCUUCAGCUCACUUCGGAUGCGGACUUCACCAGCUACACCGCCCUAAAAACCGCCAACCCGCGUCUCAAAAUCGUGGUUAGCCUCGGCGGGAGCAACGUUAAGGGGGAGACCUUCGCGCUGCUCACUUCGUCCGUGGAGGCGGUAGCGAACUUCACCCAGGGCGCCGCUACCUUCCUCGAGGCGCACUGGCUGGACGGGAUCGAAGUGGACUGGCGCUGGCCCACUAACGGGAAGGAUAAGGAGGAUCUGACGACGCUGGUGAAGGUGCUAAGGCUGGUGCUGGAUCAGAAGGUACACAACGUUAGCCGACGAGCCGUGACGGAGGCGGUGACGGAGGCGGUGACGGAGCAGCAGGAAGAGGAGGAAGAGACCACCACGUUCACGCCGCUACAGGAGGACGAUGAGAGCUUCGGCGUCGACUACAGCGUCCUCGAGUCCGGAUCCGAGUACGAGGCGACGGUGCAGCCCCCUGUGGACGAGGAGGAUUACUUAACAACCAUUACCACAACCACCACCACCACCGAAACACCAACCACCACCACUGCAACCACCAUCCCCAACUCCACCUCCUCCACCACAACCACAACUCCAUCCACCUCCACAAGCUCCUCCGGCUGGACAUUCGAGCGGAAGAGAGGAGGAGGAAGAGGAGGAAGGAUAAGAGGCGUUGUGAGGAGGAGGCCGUUGAAUCAAGUUACCCCGGGAGAUGAGAAGAAGGAUGCUGAGGAUGCUGAGGAUAAGGGGAGGCUGCUGAUGGUGACCUUGGCGCCUAAUCCUGAGUAUAUCGUGAAGGGUUAUGACCUCAAGGAGUUGUCGAAAGUGGUGGACUACUUCACACUCCCCACGCACAACCUGACCCUGGGGGAGCAACAUGUGACCUUCCACCCCGCGAGACUGAUGGGCGUGGCGGACCUACAGAACGCCGACUCCCUGGUGGACCUCGCGGCAGGACUCGGAGUGCCCCUCGACCACCUGAUCCUGACCGUCCCCGCCACGGCCAUGUCCUUCACCCUGCAGGACGCCACCCUCACCACCCCCCGCUCUCCCGCCGCGGACACGCCCACCUACAUGUCCUACUCCGAGGCGUGCAAGGUCAUGUCCGGAGGGAACUGGACGGUGGAGAGGGACAAUGACCUGACCGCGCCCUACGCCUUCGACAACCUGACCUGGGUGGCCUUCGAUGACCCCAGCAGCGUCAAGGUCAAGAGCAAGUACGCGCUGCUGCGAGGCCUGGCUGGCGUGGCGCUGAGGGACGUGGAUCAGGCAGACCACGAGGACACGUGUGGAUAUGGUCCAUACCCGCUCCUCUCCAUGAUCUACACCACAUUCACUGAGCUCGCUCGGUCACCCCGCCGCACGGUGCUCAAUAGUCUGGUGGAGGACCUCACCCACUCCCCCUCCGUGCCCUCAGACCUGCGCACGUCCCCCUUCAGGAUCGUCCGUGUUGUGGAUAGGUCAGGUGACAUCACGGCCAUCAGGGAGUACUCGUCAAACACUCGCUACCAGUGCUCGCGCCAGGGAUACUACCGCGAUCCCGACGACUGCUCCAACUUCUACAGGUGUGCCAAAUUCAACCAGUAUGUGGACGACUUCACGGUGUUCGAGUACGCAUGUCCUCGUGGCCUUGUGUUCGACGACCGCUGGGAAGUGUGUGCCUGGCCCUCGGCGGCACCCCCAUGCGACGGCUCUUCCGAGAUUUUCCCGGUCCCGAAGCAGAAGUUCAUCUGUCCGGGCGAGGGUUACUUUACCGACCCUGAAAAUUGCCGGUGGUUCUUUGCAUGCCUUGACCACUACGGCAACGGCACCUACACGCAGUAUGAGUUCCGCUGCCCCUUCGGCCUGGCUUACGACGAGGACAACUAUAUGUGUAACUGGCCGUGGUUGGUGAAUGGAUGUGGCCAGAACGGCGUUGGCUACCUGGACCUUGCCCCUGGAGCGGCGCCCGUCAGUGUUGCCGACGUGACUGGACGUCGUGUGUAUGGUAAAAGCAUACCAACGCAACAGGUGCCAUCGCAGAGCCUCCACGGCGGCAGCGGAGACAAGGCAGGCUGCAAGGAGUGUAGCGGAUCGGUGGAACUGUCCAUUGGAGGCAAGGGUGUGCUCAGCCACGAGAAGGGCCUCAUCAUCUCCCCGACCCUAAGUAACGAACGCCUUUCUUACAAAGUUUACAAGGAAAGUAUCGAGUUCUCAGGCGAAAAAUCUCAGGGUGGUUUUGGCGGCAGUGUGAGCGGCGGAGAACGAUCAGGUGAGCGUUCUCAAGGCGGCUUUGGAGGAAGGGUGAGUAGCGGAGACCACUCAGGCGAGAGGUCUCAGGGCGGCUCUGGCAGUGGGGUGAACGCUGGUGGAGUUGCAGCGGUGGCCUUUGGGUCGUCCCUCCCGCAAGGCCCUUCGUUCGCUGGAGCCAAGCACACUCAGGACACUGCACAGCACCAAGGAGGGUCCUCAGGAGCCGCGUCUGACCGCAAUGCCAUCAAGACGCCUGGAACAUCUCCUGGGUACUCUUACAGCGCCCCGUCAACCGCCCCGCUGCCAUCCCCAGUCACCGAGGGCUAUGACAACUCGCAGCCUCGCCCGUCCUCCACACGCACUUCGUCCCGCGGGCGGCCAAUCACGUCUCAGGGGCAACCUACAGGUUCCCGCUCGGGCUCCGGAUUAGGAACUUCUUACUCACAACCUGCAGCACCUUCUUCUUCUACCCGACCCUCCCACGGCUCACAGACAUCACUGCGCCCCUCCGGUGGUAGACCUUCCACUUCCAGAAGGCCAGUCACUGCAGCGCCAGGAAGCGGAUACUCCUACGCCAAACCCUCUGUUUCCGCCAAACCCACUCCCUCUCGUGGCCGACCAACCAGCCGCCGCCCAUCCAGUCGUAGACCCACAAGCAGCAGACCCUCCAGUCGCCGACCUUCCACCUCCUACCCAUCCCCCGCACCACCCACCUCUGGAUACUCUUUCCCCACUCCAUCAACACCCUUCAAGCCAUUCCCUGGUGAAGACGUGUCAUCGUCGUCUUCGUCGGAGGAGGAGCCCACAAGAACAACGUCCUCCGGUUACUCCUACCCCACGCCAAGCACCUCUCUUACUCCCGGCGGCGGAGUCACCGUCUCCGGUCAAACGCCCAUCACUUCCCGGCCGCGGGUCUACCCCACGCCCACACCCUCGACGGGAUACUCCCACCCCGAGCCACCCCAGUCCUUCGGCACCCUCCCGCCCGUUCCUUCGCCUUCUGGGUCCGUUGAAACUGGGUACCGUCCCACCAUCAGCAGUGAAGAGUCCAGUGAGGAGGGCUACAGCUACUCCACACCCAGCCGACCACUCACCACCCCUCGCCCCCGACCCACACAACCAGUGGCCACGCGCCGUCCACGACCAAGCCGACCAGCCGCCACCCUGCCACCUCCAACUACCCCCGGGUACUCCUACGAAGCUCCCUCGCUGUCGUUCGAGCCUGUGAGACCUUUUGGGUCAUCGGAGAGCAGAGAGACCUUCCAGGGAGUGUCCGAUGAAGUAGGCAUCGGGGCCACAGGCGGCUACUCUUACCAGACCCCGGCAAACCCCUUCCUCGAAACCAAGCAGCCCGGCUUUACCCCAGCCAGACCCACCCCGACACCUGGCUACCAAACACCCAGACCUUCACCGACAACACGGCCCCAGACACCCACCUAUGAGACUCCGACGAGGAGGCCAACGCCCCGACCAGCCCCGAUCCCCGACUCCUCGAGCUCUGAGGAGGGCUACUCCUACCGUCAACCGAGCGUGAUCUUUACGGUGCCGGGCAGCUCUCAGUCUGCCGAGCACUCCUCUUCCUCCUCCUCUGAGGGUGGGUUCGCUGGCUACUCCUACUUGCCGCCGUCAUCAGAUAAGUCGUUCAAUCCCUUCGGCUCGCUGGGCAGUGGAUCUCACGAGAGUAGCGAAGGAUACAGCGCGACGGGUGGAUCAGGGCACUUUGGUGGAUCUGUUCAGCCCAGCGGAGGAGGAUCGAUCCACUUCGGCAGUGGUGGCUCAAGCCAUUUCAGCUUUGGUGGAUCAGGAGACAGCGGAGUAUCAAGUGGAUAUCGUGGAAGUAGUGGAUCAGGAGGUCAAGGAGGAAGCGGUGGAUCAAGCCACUUCAGUGUUGGUGGAUCAGGAGGCCAGAGCGGCAGCAGUGAGUCAGACGAACACCGCGGCAGUGGCAGCGGUGGAUCAAGUGGAUUUGGUGGGUCAGGUGGUCAAGGUGGAAGUGGAGGAUCAAAUGGAUACAGCUACAGCGGUGGAUCAAGCAGUUUUGGUGGAUCAGGAGACGGCGGAAGCAGUGAAUCAGCAGAACACCGCGGCAGUGGUGGAUCAAGCGGAUCGAGUCAUUUCGGUGUCGGUGGAUCAGGUGGAUACAGUGGAAGCCGUGGAUCAAGCCACUUUGGUAGCGGAGGCAGUGGUGGAGGAUCAAGCCACUUCAGUAUUGGUGGAUCAGGUCAGAGCGGCAGCAGUGGAUCAGCAGACAGCGGUGGAAGUGGUGGAUCAGGCCACGUUAGCAGCGGUGGAUCAAGAUUCUUCGGCACAGUUGGAGCAGGCAGUAGUGGCAGCAGUGAAUCAGACGAACAUGGCAGCCGCGGUGGAUCAAGCCACUUCGGUACUGGGGGAUCAGGUGGCCGAGGUGGAAGCAGCGGUGGAUCGAGUCACUUCACUUUUGGCGGAUCAGGCGACAGCGGCAGCAGCGAAUCGACAGAACACCGCGGCACUGGUGGAUCAAGUGGAUACAGUGGAAGCAAUGGUGGCGGUGGAUCACGGAGCCGAGGUGGAAGUGGUGGAUCAAGCGGAAGCAGCGGAAGCGGAGGAUCAGGCCACUUCAGUUUUGGUGGAUCAGGGAGCCGAGGUGGAAGUGGUGGAUCAGGAGGCCACAGCGGCAGCAGCGAGUCUGAUGAACACCGCGGCAGUGACGGAUCAGAAAGCAGCGGUGGAUCAAGCCACUUUAGCAUUGGUGGAUCUGGAGGAAGCGGCGGAAGCGGUGGAUCAGGAGAUCAAGGUGGAAGCGGCGGCUCAAGUGGAUACAUUUACAGCGGUGGAUCAAGCCAGUUAAGCUUCGGUGGAUCAAGUGACAGCGGCAGCAGUGAAUCCACGGAACACCGCGGCAGUGGUGGAUCAGGCCACUUCGGAGGCGGUGGAUCAGGAGGCAGCGGUGGAUUAAGUGGAUCAAGCCACUUCAGCAUCGGUGGAUCAGGAGGUAGCGGAGGAAGAGGAGGAUCGGGAAGCAGAGGUGGAAGUAGGGGAUCAAGCGGCUACAGUGGAAGCGGUAGCAGCGGUGGAUCAGGCCACUUCAGUUUUGGUGGAUCAGGCCACAGCGGCAGCAGCGAGUCAGACGAACACCGCGCCAGUGGUGGAUCAAGCCACUUCGGAGGCGGUGGAUCAGGAGGCAGCGGAGGAAGAGGUGGAUCAAGAGUCAACGGAGGAAGAGGUGGAUCAGGAGGAUCAGGAAGUGGUGGACGCGGAGGAAGUAGCGACAGUGGAAGAUACAGUGGAAGCAGUGGAAGUGGUGGAUCAGGAGGCAGCGCUGGAUCAAGCCACUUCAGCAUUGGUGGAUCAGGAGGCAGCGGAGGAGGAGGUGGAUCAGGAGGAUCAGGAGGCAGCGGUGGAUCAAGCCACUUCGGAGGCGGUGGAUCAGGAGGCAGCGGUGGAUCAGGCGGAUCAAGCCACUUCAGCAUUGGUGGAUCAUCAGGAACAGGUGAAAUUGGUGGUUCCGGAGGCCGAGGAGGCAGUGGUGGAUCACGCAGUCGAGGUGGAAGCGGUGGAUCAGGCGGAUACAGUUACAGCGGUGGAUCAAGCCAGUUCAGUUUCGGCGGAUCAAGCGACAGCGGCAGCAGUGAAUCAACGGAACACCGCGCCAGUGGUGGAUCAGGCCACUUUGGAGGCAGUGGAUCAGGAGGCAGCGGUGGAUCAAGCCACUUUGGAGGCGCUGGAUCAAGUCACUUAAGCAUCGGUGGAUCAGGAGGAACUGGAGGAAUUGGUGGUUCCGGAGGCCGAGGAGGAGGUGGUGGAUCAGGCAGUCGAGGAAGCAGUGCUGCAUCAAGUGGAUACAGUGGAGGCAGCGGAUCAAGCCACAUCAGCUUUGGUGGAUCAGGUGACAGCGGCAGCAGCGAAUCGGAUGAACACCGCGGCAGUGGUGGAUCAGGCCACUUUGGAGGCGGUGGAUCAGGAGGCAGCGGAGGCCUAAGUGGAUCAGGAGGAUCAGGAAGUGCUGGUUCAGGAGGGUACAGCGGAAGUAGUGGCAGUGGUGGAUCAAGCCAUUUCAGCAUCGGUGGAUCAGGAGGCAGCGGAGGAAGAGGUGGAUCAGGAGGAUCCAGAAGUGGUGGACGCGGAGUAAGUAGUGGAAGUGGAGGAUACAGUGGAGGCAGUGGCAGUGGUGGAUCAGGAGGCAGCGGUGGAUCAAGAAGCAGCGGCGGAUUAAGCCACUUCGGAGGCGGUGGAUUAGGAGGCAGCGGUGGAUCAGGCGGAUCAAGCCACUUCAGCAUUGGCGGAUCAUCAGGAACAGGUGGAAUUGGUGGUUCCGGAGGCCGAGGAGGCAGUGGUGGAUCAGGUGGUCGAGGUGGAAGCGGCGGAUCAGGCGCAUACAGUUACAGCGGUGGAUCAAGCGACAGCGGCAGCAGUGAAUCAACGGAACACCGCGGCAGUGGUGGAUCAGGCCACUUUGGAGGCAGUGGAUCAGGAGGAAGUGGAGGAUCGAGUCACUUCAGCAUCGGUGGCUCAGGAAGCAGCGGAGGAGGAGGUGGAGCAGGAGGAUUAGGAAGUGGUGGAUCAGUAGGAUACAGUGGAGGAAGCUUCAGCAUUGGUGGAUCAGGAGGAAGUGGAGGAUCAGGAGGCCGAGGUGGAUCAGGAGCAGGAAGUGGUGGAUCAAGCGGAUUCGGUGGAAGUAGCGGAACCGGAGGAUCAGGUCACUUCAGCAUUGGAGGAUCAGGAGUAAGUGGAGGAUCAGGAAGCCGAGGUGGAUCAGGAGGAUCAGGAAGUGGUGGAUCAAGCGGAUUCGGUGGAGGAAGCGGAACCGGAGGAUCAGGUCACUUCAGCAUUGGAGGAUCAGGAGGAAGUGGAGGAUCAGGAAGCCGAGGUGGAUCAGGAGGAUCAGGAAGUGGUGGAUCAAGCGGAUUCGGUGGAAGUAGCGGAACCGGAGGAUCAGGUCACUUCAGCAUUGGAGGAUCAGGAGUAAGUGGAGGAUCAGGAGUAAGUGGAGGAUCAGGAAGCCGAGGUGGAUCAGGAGGAUCAGGAAGUGGUGGAUCAAGCGGAUUCGGUGGAAGUAGCGGAACCGGAGGAUCAGGUCACUUCAGCAUUGGUGGAUCAGGAGGCAGAGGUGGAUCAGGAGGAUCAGGAGGUGGUGGAUCAAGCGGAUUCGGUGGAAGUAGCGGAAGCGGAGGAUCAGGUCACUUCGGCAUUGGUGGAUCAGGAGGAAGUGGAGGAUCAGGAGGCAGAGGUGGAUCAGGAGACCAUGGUAGAAGUGGAGGAGCAGGAGGAGUAGGAAACGGUGGAUCAAGUGGAUACGGUGGAAGCAGUGGAAGCAUUGGUAGAUCAGGAGGCCAUGGUGGAAUCGGUGGAUCAGGAGGAAGAGGUGGAGUCGGUGGAUCAGGAGGAGCAGGAAGUGGUGGAUCAAGCGGAUUCGGUGGAAGUAGCGGAAGCGGAGGAUCAGAUCACUUCAGCAUUGGUGGAUCAGGAGGAAGUGGUGGAUCAGGAGGCCAUGGUGGAAUCGGUGGAUCAGGAGGAAGAGGUGGAGUCGGUGGAUCAGGAGGAGCAGGAAGUGGUGGAUCAAGCGGAUUCGGUGGAAGUAGCGGAAGCGGAGGAUCAGAUCACUUCAGCAUUGGUGGAUCAGGAGGAAUCGGUGGAUCAGGAGGAAGAGGUGGAGUCGGUGGAUCAGGAGGCCGAGGUGGCUCAGGAGUAUCAGGAAGUAGUGGAUCAGGAGCAUACAGUGGAGCCAGUGGGAGCGGUGGAUCAGGCCACUUCAGUAUCGGUGGAUCAGGCUUUGGUGGAUCAGGAGGCCAUAGCGGGAGCAGCGGUGGAGGUGGAUCAGGUCACUCUGGCGCCGGUGGAAGCGGUGGAUCAGGAGGACGUGGAGGGAGUGGCGGAUCAGGCGGCUACAGCGGAGGAUCGGGUCACUUCGGGAGUCUUGGAUCAGAAACUCGAGUGGGGACUGGUGGAUCAGGGAGCAGCAGCGGCGGUGGAUCAAGGUUCUUCGGCUCAAGUGGAUCAGGAGACAGUGGAAGCAGUGAAUCAGCGGGGCAUGGUGGUCGCGGCGGCUCGGGUGGCAGCGGGAGUGGCGUGGGCGUUGGCGGGGGCUACGGGCGUGGUCAGAAGGUGUCGGGGUCAAGCUCCCGGCGACCCCUGACAGGCGGACCUUCACUGGUGGCCAAACUGACGGGGAAGCGACACAAGCUGGAGCGGUUCGGGCCUGGCGGGCGGCGGGACUUCGAUGACACGCUCGGCCCGGAGGUGUGUGAGCGCGCGGGUCUCUUCCGGCACCCCGACACAUGCGACAAGUUCUAUGAGUGUUACUGGGACCGCUGGGUGGAACGCUUUACCCUCCAUGUCUUCGAUUGUCCCAUUGCUAUUGUGUAUGAUUCAGGCAUCACCGCAUGUAACUGGCCCUUCAAUGGUCCACCCUGUGAGGACUAACACGUCAUGUAGUUCCACCAGCCAUAAGUCCAAAUUCUUAAACGUACCGGGCUCCCAUCACGACCAUUUCCUAAAGCCACAGAGGAGAUUAAUUAAGUUUUCAUGGGCGAUUUCCUCCGUUCAAGAUGCAGAAGCGUAAAACUAUCACCGGCAUCACAAAAGGGUCCAUCGAAAGCCCAGUGACUCCUACGAGAGGCUUUCAAACUGGGGAUCUGGAGCGCUAAUACGUUUAAAAAUACGGGCUAUACAGAUUCACGUGCAGUGUUACCAGAUUGCCGUACUCACCUUAUUGUUCUUGCCGGUUUGAGAUCGAAAACUGAUGCGCCCAAAUUGAUAACGAUAUUCAUUUGUGGGUAUUGUUAAAGGUUGUGAUUGUUUCUUCCCUCUCUUUCUCAUCUCCUUCUCCCCACAGUUCCCCUUUCCCCUCCUCUUUUGUCUCCUCUUCCUUCCCACAUUUCCUCCUCCACCCUCUCCUUCUCUUCUUUCUCUUCCUUCUCCCCACAGUUCCCCCUUCCCCUCCUCUUUUUUCUCCUCUUCCUUCCCACAUCUCCCCCUCCACCUCCUCCUUCUCUUCUUUCUCUUCCUUCUCCCCUCAGUUCCCCCUUCCCCUCCUCUUCUUUCUCCUCUUCCUUCCCACAUCUCCCCCUCCACCUCCUCCUUCUCUUCUUUCUCUUCCUUCUCCCCACAGUUCCCCCUUCCCCUCCUCUUCUUUCUCCUCUUCCUUCCUACAUCUCCCCCUCCACCCCCUACCUCUAUUCUUUCUCUCCCUUCUCCCCACAGUUCCCCCUCUCCAUCUCUUCUUCUUUGUCCUCCUCCUCCACUUCUCUCUCUUUUUCCUUUCUUCUUACCUUCACUUCACCUGCCAAACAUCUCUCAUCUUCUUAUUUAUGUUUUUUAGCAAGUGUUAUGGAUUAGAAAACGUAAAAAGCAAUGACGUCUCGAGUACUUUAAUCUGGUAACACUGCUCACGUGGCCUGUACACAACGCCAACAUCCGUCUCAUAUAUCACGUCUCAUGAAUCAAUAGAUGCACAUAUAUAUAUUUUUUUUAAUCUAUCUUAUUAGGGGUAGCCUUGACGUGUGAUAUACUACUACUACUACUAGAUCUUAGAAGGGAUGUGUUGCUUCAAUCUUAUGCUUUUCUGAAUGAAGAGAAAAAAAUGAGUCUUGUGAUGUACGAUUUGAAGCCUUCCAAAAGUAACCAAUUAGGAGAAUCACGAACACAUCUCGUACAAAACAUGUCCGCCCAGGCCAGAAAUACCCUCCCCCCUCCCCCAAUCCCAUCCCUCUCCCCCUCCCGACCCCCCCCAUGCCCAGAAGGGGAACAACGCCCCCCCUCUAAAGGCAAGGUAUCUGUCCGUCUGUUGAAUAUUCCUAAAGAUAUAUUUAUUUAAAGCUAUUUAUUGCCGUGUGUGUGUGUGUGUGUGUGUGUGUGUGUGUGUGUGUGUGUGUGUGUGUGUGUGUGUGUGUGUGUGUGUGUGUGUGUGUGUGUUUCUAAAAUCAAAUCAGUAAAAUAAAACAACAAACAGACCUCAAUUAGUUAAAAAAAAAAAAACUCUUUUGACCACAAUAAAAAAAAGGAAAAAACAUUACAGGUAAAUUAUUUUCAUUCUAAAACAAAUUACAUGAAGAUCUUUCUGUGUGUGUGUGUGUGUGUGUGUGUGUGUGUGUGUGUGUGUGUGUGUGUGUGUGUGUGUGUGUGUGUGUGUGUGUGUGUGUGUGUGUGUGUGUGUGUGUGUGUGUGUGUGUGUGUGUGUCGAGGUCUAUUUAUAUUCCGUCCGUAUUGGUGUUUUUUUUGUGUUUUUUUAUGGGCCAUGUAAUAUAUUUUGGGGCUUUCUGGGAACGGAACAUGAACAAUAACAAGAGGUGCUUCAGUCUGACCCUUCCUAUCUCGCCUUUCUUCAUCUCCGGUAUCAUCUUUGUAUUGGUAAUCUUCUUCCUUCCAUUUUUUUUGUUAUUACUGAUGUGAUCUCACUAUAUAAUGCUCUACUACGGCUUCUUCUAUUUCUACUAUUACUACUACUACUACUACUACUACUACUACUCUUCACUUGUAACUUUUUUCCUAAUCUCACUUUUCAUAUAAUUUCUUCUUCUUCUUCUUGUUCUUCUUCUUCAUCUUCUUCUCCUCUUUCUUCUUCUUUUUCUUCUUCUCCAGCGAUAACUCUUUUUGUGCAAUAUAAAAAUGUCGUUCUCUCUUAUUUUUAUUAUUACCUUUUGUAUUAUUAUCAUCAUUCUUAUCAUCCUUAUUUAUCUAACGAAGCGUGGGAUCGGUGUACGCAGAAUACACCCUAUAAUAAUUACUGUAGGUAGCGUUCAAGAGGUGAAUAAAUUAUUUCCUUGAA